UGCUUGUGUUGUCAGUCGUGAUGGCUGAAUCUCGGAGAGUUCAGUUGACCACGCUGCCCUGUAAUGGACCUUCGUCCUUUGAGAAGCCGGCCCCGGCCCCGAAGAGUCCGCCAGGUGUUCUGCAGGAGAAAGAAAAUGGUCCAGAGACAGUCCGGCUGGUGCUGACUUUAUUUGAGCCUGAUGAGAGGAGCUUUCCGGAGUUCAGCUACAGCCAGCUGGUUGACAACAAGAUCAACCACACUAAAGAUGAAGUCCCAAUGAGCAGAUUUGAAGCGGAAGAAAAGAGAGAAAAUGAUGAGAUCGCUGCUCUUUCAAAGAAGUUGGAGGAAAAAUAUGGUAACAAACCAAAGAAGAAGGACCGUGUUCAGGACUUGAUUGAUAUCGGAUAUGGUUAUGAUGACGAGGAUUCUUUCAUUGACAACUCUGAGGCUUAUGAUGAAUUUGUGCCGGCAUCCAUCACCACCAAAUUUGGUGGAUUCUACGUAAAUUCGGGCAUGCUGCAGUUCCGCCACACUUCUGAGACAGAGGACCUCACGACGGCAGAGGAGAGCACUCCUGAGCCUUCGAAAAAACGUAAAGUCAUUGGCACACAGGAUAAGCCAAAGAAGCGCUACAGAGAAGGUGCAGAGAUGAGACAGAGCAAUGUGGCUAUUAAGUCAAGCACUUCAGCUGAAACUGUACCAGAUGGCAAGAUAAGGAAGAAAAAGAAGAAAGAUGUUUCUGGCACAUUAAGCAUCACCAGCAUGUUGAAGAAGAUUCAAAGAGAGAAGGAGAAGGAACGACAGCAUAUGGAGAAAGCAAAUCGGAAGCCAGUCACGAUCCCUCUGUGCCCGGCAGAUGCAGGCGGCGGCGGAGGUUCAGGACUGACUGACCCUCUCCUUAAUUUAAUAGGAUCGACCAAUGACCACGCUCUCAUCCAAGCAGCCAACACAGUGGAUUUUGAUAUUGAUCUAGACUCUUUAUUAGACGUCAGUGAUGGGUCUUCCUCCCCAAAGGUGAUUCCUCAACCUGCAACAGAGCUCAUUGGACCCAAAACAGAUGAUCUGACCCAGUCUAAUGCUGCACCUCUAACUACAAAGACUGAUCUGCAGCUGAAGCCUCAAUCAGAGCAAAUCCAGCUCCUGUCUCAAACCGGUUUACCUCAUCAGUGUGUCCUGCUGCCAGAGGGACUUCCCCCACGACUUGAAGACUGCAUCCAAAAACUGACAGUGGUUGCAAAGACCUCAGAGGGAGAGUCGAAACUCAAGUUCUUCACUCCAGAAAUCAACUCGAUCCUGCUGGAAAUCGAGUUGCAGUGCCGGGAACAGGGCGGCCCGUUGCGCUCCAAGGUGUACACACACCUGUCGUCUUUCCUGCCCUGCACCAGAGACACAAUCCUCAAACGCGUAAAGAAACUGCUAUGUGCACACACCAUGGAGGAACCGCCUGAAGUGGAGGAUCCCAUGCAGAAACUUAAGGAGGCCAUCGGCAGAGCCAUGCCUGAGCAGAUUGCAUGUUUUCAAGAAAUCUGCCAGGCAUACGAACAAGUCAAGACUUCAAAGGCAGCAGAGGACAAGGAAGAAGGCAAACAGAAGAUGAAUGUUGGCUCGGAGGACAACAUGGAGGAGAAAGGUGGGAAAAGAGGCGGUCCGAGGAAGUUGUUCAAAUGGAAUGAAGAGAUCAGGGAGAUUUUGAGUCAUGUGUUGACGGUGAAAAUGGAGCGGCACAAAAAGGAAAGGAAAGGGAGUCAGGAGAUGGAAGAGUACCUGAAGACCUUGUUGGACAACGAGGUCAAACCCCUUUGGCCAAAGGGCUGGAUGCAGUCUAGGGUGCUGAUAAGGGAGAGCAGGAAAAUGUUGAGCCUCUUUACAUCGUUACCAGUAAGGAGGGCCCGGCCCGAGAAGAAGCAGCCAUUGGUCAUUGGUCCUUCAGCUCCGUCAGAGGGCUGCGGUGUUCUUCAGGAAUCUCCACAGCUGAAGGGACUCCCACAACAAGCAGACGAUGUCUUUCUGGAGAGCUCAAAUAUCUCCAGUUCUAUGCCACUUGCUACUGAGAAGAAAGAAACUGCUGUCUUUAUAACGGUGGAGGGUAAAACAGGAGGAGGUGUGACUGUGGACGCAGGUUCCUCUAAACCUGCAGACAAACCUCUGAUCGCCGUCACAUCUACUCCAAGUCACUCUCUCCUGGAUAUCCUCGCUGAUCAAGCGCUGGCUCGGGAGCACCCUCUCGCAGCUUCCCACGAGCUGCUGGCAGCGGCUGUUGCAAAAUACAGACGUUCAAUUAGACCCUGGAGCUUUGGGAUGGACACCAAAAGUCCUCCUUUUCCUCCUCCGCCUCCUCAGUCCAGUCCGGUUGGUUUCCCGCUGGGUGAGGUGCAUCAUGUGGUUCUGCCCCAGCUGCUGCAGGUCGGAGAUUUCACCAAACCCAUGGACGACAGCCACGUACUGGUCAUCUCUGAUGAUGAUGAUGGUGAUGAUGCCCUCAUUAUGUAGUGAUGACUUCAGUUGCAGAUUAAACACAAUGGGAUCAGUUUCCUCAGAUAUGGACUGGACACAUGAUGGGAUUCAAACAGGGGAUAUGACACUAUAAUAAUCUAUUUGUCUGCAGCCACAAGUUGUGUUUCUCAGCUGAAGAUGGGUUUUGUGUCUUCUGUCAUGUUUACUUGUCGUCUGAGACGGAGAUGAACAAUAGGGAGUAAUGCUGAAAGGAGCCAAUGAGUAGAUGAACUGACAUUCCACCUAUCAGUCACCUGUCAGAAUGACCCUUUAACUGACUUUUAUUUGAAAGGCUUUGUUUAAAUUGUGAUUUACUUUGAAAUAAUAAAUAAUAAACAGUUUGCAUGUUCUGAA